GUUAACUCAAAGUAUUCUUCCGAUCUCCUAAUCAUUGCCCUCAACAUGGAGGAAGAUGGAGAGCCUUCAUCAACAACUUGCUUGUCUCUCACGGAACAAAAGCCCCAACAAAACCCUAAAACCACCAAAGGUCGACAGAAGAUAGAGAUCAAACAGAUCAACGACGAGAGCCGGAGACAAGUGACGUUUUCUAAACGCAGAAGCGGACUUUUCAAAAAAGCGGCUGAGUUAAGCGUCCUGAGCGGCGCACAGAUUGGUAUCAUAACGUUUUCACGUCGCGGUAGGAUCUACACGUUUGGUAACGUGGACACACUCAUCGAAAACUACUUGCGCAACACGCCAGUGAUGCUGAGGUCACAUCAUCCCGGUGGUGACGUUGAAAACGGAGGAGACGGUGUGAAGUGGUGGGAGAAGGCGGUGGAGAGUGUUCCUGAGGAGGAGAUGGAAGAGUACAUGACGGCUUUGAAUGUGUUGAGAGAUAAUCUGUGGACGAGGAUCUGUCAGCUGGGUGGUGAUCGGACGGCUCAGAUGAAUCCUAUGGCUGAUAUUGAAUCGAAUGUGACAGAUGAGAAUCUGACGGUUAGGAAUGAUCAAGGUCAAGGAGGUAACGAUGGUCCGUUUCUGUCUCAAAACCUUAGGUAA